AUGGAGGAAUUCAACGAUGACUUUUAUCCGUUAGCAUUGCUAAUGGACGAGUUGAAGCAUGACGAUGUCUCAAACCGUGUCGAGGCCAUGCAAAAACUUGAUCUGAUCGCCAUAGCAUUGGGUCCCGAAAGAACCUUGCACGAGCUACUCCCAUUCUUGAACGACGUUGCACAAGACGAUGAAGAGGAAGUCUUUGCAGUGUUGGCUGAAAAGCUCGGUGAUUUUGUCCCCCUUGUUGGUGGCCAUCAGAACGCCGAACCAUUGAUUCAUAUCUUGGCUAUUUUGGGCGCCAUGGAAGAGCCAAUCGUCAGAGACACUGCUGUUGAGUCAUUGAACAAAAUCGCUCCCGAAUUGACGGAUGAUGAGCUCAACAGCCUCUUUUUGGAGUUGAUUCGCUCCUUGUCGCAGGGCGACUGGUUUUCCAAGAAGGUGGCCUCGUGUGGUCUUUACAAAUCUGUCAUUGUCAGGGUCGACGCUCCAUUGAGAAGAGAGUUGUUGAUGCUCUACAACUCCUUGGUUAGUGAUGACUCACCAAUGGUCAGACGUUCUGCCGCAAAGCAUUUGCCAGCAAUCAUCGACAAGCUCACGGAAUACUCCAAAGAAAACCCGGCCUCGUCUAAGAAGGUUGACGACAAUGACUUGGAGAUUAUCAGCAAGAUGUUCCAUCACUUAAUUAACGAUGCUCAGGAUUCCGUGAAGUUGUUGAGUAUUGAUGUGUUGGUGGCCAUCCUUGAGUAUUUCUACUUCAUCCAAGACACCUCACACAACUCUGACUGCUUGGUAAGCGCAUUGAAAUUGAUCAAGGAUGAUAGUUGGAGAGUGCGUUAUGCUGCCGCUGACAAGUUUUCGAACAUCGCCAACAACUUCAAGGAGUCCGAGGCAGACUUGUUGCGCCUUAUCGACCCAUUCAUUGGUUUGAUGAAGGAUAACGAGGGCGAAGUCAGAAAGGCUAUCGCGAAACAACUACCAGACUUCUGUAAGUUACUCAGAGACCCAAGCAUCAUCGAGUCUAAGAUCAUUCCCGUCGUUGAUGAGUUGUCUCAGGACCCACACGAGAACGUCAGAGCAUCAUUGGCAUCUACUGUGACCGGCCUUUCUCCAAUUUUGUCCAAGCAAUCUACAACCGAGAAGUUACUCCCAAUCUUCUUGGCUAUGUUGAAGGACGAAUUUCCUGACGUGAGACUCAACAUCAUUUCUAAUUUGUCUGUGGUGAACGAGACCAUUGGCAUCCAAUUGUUGUCUACUAAUUUAUUGCCUGCCAUCACUGAAUUGGCACAGGACGGAAAGUGGAGAGUUCGUUUGGCAAUCAUCGAAUAUAUUCCCAAGUUGGCCACUCAACUUGGCGUCGAGUUCUUCAACAAGGAGUUGUUGACUCUUUGUACGUCCUGGUUGUGGGACCCAGUUUUCGCUGUCAGAGACGCUGCUGUGAACAAUCUUAAAGACCUCACAACCAUCUUUGGCUCACAGUGGGCGGAGGUGCUGAUUAUCACGCAUCUUCUCAAUAUCAGAGACGAAAAGAUUGGCGAUGAAGAUGUGGACAAAGAGCCAGUUAACUUUUCAAGCUUCAUCAUCAGAAUCACCUGUCUUUUUGCCAUCACCAAAUUGACCCCCGAGCUCGAACCAUCCGUCAUCACGAAGAAGAUCCUACCAUUUAUCCACCUGUUGAUCGCCGACCCUGUGCCUAACCUCCGCUUCAAUGUGGCCAAGUCCUACUUGGUUGCUGCUGAGGCUUUGGCAAAGAGCGACUAUGCGGAGAAGAAUAAGGUGAUUGAGACAGAGAUUGUUCCAAAUGUCAAUGUCCUUGUCAAUGACUCCGACGUUGACGUCAGGUACUAUGGCCAGAAGAGCCUUGAUAGCAUCAAGGAAUUGACAGCUUGA